UAGCCAAAUUUUCCAGCCAACUGCUGGAGUUGACUUCCGCAAUCUUAAUGGAAUAAAUCUAGCACCCCUGGCCUUUCGCUCAUAUUUGGCACCCUUCCUGUCUGAAAGGAGCCUAGACAACAGAUUCUCAACAGCAGGAUGUGGGGGUUCAAGCUUCUGCUGCUACCAGUGGUGAGCUUUGCUCUGUACCCUGAGAGGAUACUGGAUUCCCAGUGGGAGCUCUGGAAGAAGACUUACAAGAAGCAGUAUAACAGCAAGGUGGAUGAAACCUCUCGGCGUUUAAUUUGGGAAAAAAACCUGAAGCAUAUUUCCAUCCAUAAUCUUGAGGCCUCUCUCGGUGUGCACACAUAUGAAAUGGCCAUGAAUCACUUGGGGGACAUGACCAGUGAAGAAGUGGUUCAGAAGAUGACUGGACUCAAAGUACCCCCUUCUCGUCCCCACAGUAAUGACACACUCUAUAUCCCAGACUGGGAAGGUAGAGCCCCAGAGUCUAUUGACUAUCGAAAGAAGGGAUAUGUCACUCCUGUCAAAAACCAGGGUCAGUGUGGUUCCUGUUGGGCUUUCAGCUCUGUGGGUGCCCUGGAAGGCCAGCUGAAGAAGAAAACUGGAAAACUCUUAAAUCUGAGUCCCCAGAACCUGGUGGACUGUGUGUCUGACAAUGAUGGCUGUGGAGGGGGCUACAUGACCAAUGCCUUCCAGUACGUGCAGAGGAACCGUGGCAUUGACUCGGAGGACGCUUACCCGUACGUGGGACAGGAUGAAAGCUGUAUGUACAACCCAACAGGAAAGGCAGCUAAAUGCAGAGGUUACAGAGAGAUCCCCAUGGGGAGUGAGAAAGCCCUGAAGAGGGCGGUGGCCCGUGUGGGGCCCAUCUCUGUGGCCAUCGACGCAAGCCUGACUUCUUUCCAGUUUUACAGCAAAGGUGUCUAUUAUGAUGAAAACUGCAACAGUGACAAUAUGAACCAUGCGGUCUUGGCAGUGGGAUAUGGGAUCCAGAAGGGAAACAAGCACUGGAUAGUUAAAAACAGCUGGGGCGAAAGCUGGGGCAACAAAGGAUAUGUACUCAUGGCUCGGAAUAAGAACAACUCCUGUGGCAUUGCCAACCUGGCCAGCUUCCCCAAGAUGUGAUUCCAGCUGGCCAGUCCCAUCCCGCUCUUCCGCUCCUUCUGAGAUGGUGCAGCAUGCUGGCAUGCUUUGGAAAGGAGUUUGUACUGUUCUUGACACAGAUGUGUUGAUACCAAGAGUGCUUGAUUCCUGCACUCCACUCGGUGCUUCAAAUGACGCCGCCACUGCCCCUUCUUCCCAAGGCCCUUUACUUUUCCUUUUCUCACUCUAGCCCAGACUGACGUGAAACUCCCUCUAACUCCAGGCUGGUCUCAAACUCAUGGUGAUCCUCCUGCCUCAGCCUCCCAAGCACUGGGAUUAUAGGUGUUAGCCACACCCUUUUCUUAAGAAAGAAAAUGACCCUUUUCUUUGUGGGCACAGCAGGAAUUUCUCUGAGAGGUAUAGACUCUUAGACUAAGAGAUGUGGUUUCAAGUGACCGGAUUCUAUUGUCUUGGGGCUGAUUCUGUGGGCAUAGGUGCUGGAGACCCUCAGGAAGACUGGAUUCCUUCGUGUGAGACUAGCUAGCUUUAACCCCUACAGGACUCAGGGGACCUGACUCAUGUUUCCAAGACUCCAUCUUCUGUAUCCUCAAAACCAGACAUUUCUGUCUUUUCCACUCCACAAAUCUAUCCAUAAUCCUUUGGUAUAGGAUUACAUGACACAAGAAACAGUCUUCUUCCUUCUUUGCAUUUUUUAAAUAAAGUAUCUCUUGUUUACAAA